CGCCUUUUGCCAGAAAUCAGCAGAAAAGUGAAAGUUUAAGAUACUGACAAGCCCUGUAGAAUAAUGCCCUUCAUUCUCACUUGCAAUCUAACACUGAAAAUCUAGUUCAAAUUUAUCAAUACAUCAAUAUAUGCUCAUUGUCAUUGUCUUUUCAGCCUUUUUCAUAUCUUCAUUUCCCAGUAGGUAGUUGUAUAAUCUUUUUACUCAGCUUCAAUAGUCUAUUUGAUCUCACUUGCAUUUCUUUUUCCUCGUAAGUUGUUUCUGUCAGCUUAUAAUUACAUAUCAGAUCCCUUUUUUCUAGUCCAUGGCUACUCCUUCGUUUGAUCUCUUAAAGAACCCAGUAGUGUCAUGGAUUGUUGUUGCUCCACCUCUCGCAUUUGCAACAUUUAUUAUCUUGGGGUCCUUAUCCAUCGUCUUCACAUCAGCAGCCUUGAUUUUGUCAACCUUUCUGUUCGUAUUUUGUAAGAGGAAGCCUAAGUUAGUGGAGAAAUCAGCCAAAGAAGAGAUUCAGAAAUUGGUUCAUGGAACCUCACCUCAAAUGGAACAUAUUUUGGCAUCAAAACAACACCAUGAAGCCUUAGAAGGCGGAAGUGGUUCAUAUCAGAUUCAUGGCUACUUACUCAGAUCACCAGAUGUCUUAUCUGAAAAAGAGUCCACAACAGAAGAUUCUGGAGAGGAGUGGCCGUUUCGAGACAGCACGGAUCGAACCCCCGAUAUCUCCAAUGACGGGUCGAUAUCCGAUGAGGAUAGCCUCAUUGAAAUCUCCCUUCCUGAAGGACAUUAUGUUAGUCGCAAAGAAGAAGAGCCUGCUAAGUAUAUUAGGCAUCAGAAACUGACAGAUUCAAAGCCUGAAUGCAUUUUCCAGCAACGGAGUCUAAUGGAGCUAUUAGCAGAACUCAAUGACAUGAAUGAAGAAGACAACCUGAUUGAGAUUGACAUCUCCAUGGGAUCCAUCAAAUGUUCAAGUUUUGAGAUUGAAGCUUAAAAAGAUCAUCAUCUUUUGCAUACUUCCUCUAAUGUGGAUCAAGUAUUUUUUGAUCCACACAUGGAUUUGGUGUAACUUUUACAAAUUCAGAAAAUCUAAGCUGCCAGUGUGCCACAUUUAAGUUCUAA